ACUCAUAAUCCCCACCUUCCUUUUAGUUACAUAAUAAAUAAUAAUAAAAAGUAGUACUCAAUUCUGACCCCUGCUUUUGGCUUUAUUUUCCCCCCUCAUAUAUUAGGGUCUGAUCCAAUCCCCUUCUCACAAACUGUCCCAACUAUCACCGUCCGAUACCUCCCUCUCUCGCGAUCUCCACCGUCCGUUCACUGACCCUCCCACUAUGUCUUCCUCUUACCCUCCCCUCUUCCCUCACCGAUUGGCCGGGUCGGCGGUUCGGUCCCGAUUCGAUUGGUUCGUCUUCCGUGAAAAAAUGUUGUCGUAGAUAAUUCCGCGCCUACACCCAAACUCUCAUCGUUCAUCGAGCUCCGAAUCUUCUUCCCUUAUUCAUUCCCCUUCCCAAACCUUCCAUUUUGCGGCGCCACUUUCCCCACUUCCUAGCUUCUCUAUGCACCUUCCUCUUCUUCACAUGUGUCACUCAAUUCCUUCACGCUUUUUUUCAAUCCUUUUCCCUUAACCGGACCGAGCCGCUUCGAGAAUUCGAGAUCUCACGGACUGUUUCCGAUUCCCGACGGGGCGGUUAUGGAGGAUCGGAGCGUGGGAAGGAUGAGCACGACGUUGACGGACAUGGUGCUUGACUUGGUGAUGCGGUACAUCGACGACCCCAGGGACCGUGACGCCGUGUCUCAGGUGUGCCACCACUGGUACGAGAUGGACUCGCUCACGCGCAAGCACGUGACUAUUGCGCUCUGCUAUACCACCACACCGUGCCGCCUUCGCCGGCGGUUUCCACACCUGGAGUCGCUGAAGCUGAAAGGAAAACCCAGGGCUGCUAUGUUCAACCUGAUACCGGAGGAUUGGGGAGGUUUUGUGACUCCUUGGGUUAGAGAGAUCUCACAGCACUUCGAUUGCUUGAAGUCUCUUCACUUCCGUCGCAUGAUUGUCACCGAUUCCGAUCUUAAGCUUCUUGCUCGUUCCCGUGGUCACAUUCUUCAAGCGCUUAAGCUGGACAAGUGUUCUGGAUUCUCCACCGAUGGCCUCUGGUAUAUUGGAAGAUUUUGCAGGUAUUUAAAAGUCUUGUUUUUGGAAGAAAGCUCAGUUGUUGAGAAUGAUGGUGAUUGGCUCCAUGAGCUUGCUUUGAAUAAUACGGCUCUUGAGACACUGAAUUUUUACCUUACUUAUAUUGUCCAUGUCAGGAUUCAGGACCUUGAACUCAUAGCCAUAAAUUGCCCUAAAUUAGUCUCUGUGAAAAUUACUGAUUGUGAAAUAUUGGAUCUGGUGAACUUCUUUCGAUGUGCAUCUGCUCUAGAAGAAUUUUGUGGGGGUUUCUACAAUGAGGAACCAGAGAAGUACUCUGCUAUAUCGUUGCCAGCAAAGUUAAAUCGAUUGGGUUUGACAUAUAUUGGGAAGAAUGAAAUGCCCAUAGUGUUCCCUUAUGCAGCCCAACUGAAAAAAUUGGAUCUUCUCUACGCGAUGCUGGAUACAGAGGAUCAUUGCACGCUAAUCCAAAGGUGCCCCAACUUGGAAGUCCUUGAGUCAAGGAACGUAAUUGGAGACAGAGGAUUAGAAGUACUGGCUCGCUGUUGUAGGAGGCUUAAAAGGCUUCGGAUUGAACGAGGUGACGAUGAUCAAGGAAUGGAGGAUGAAGAAGGUGUUGUUUCCCAGAGAGGACUAAUUGCUUUGUCUCAUGGCUGUCCAGAACUUGAAUACUUGGCUGUUUAUGUAUCCGAUAUUACAAAUGCCUCUCUAGAACACAUUGGUACUCACUUGAAAAACCUUUGCGAUUUUCGCCUUGUCUUGCUAGACCGUGAAGAGAAGAUAACUGAUUUGCCACUUGACAACGGAGUAAGGGCUUUACUGAGGGGUUGUGACAAGCUUAGAAGAUUUGCUUUGUAUCUUAGACCUGGGGGCUUGACUGACGUAGGGCUCGGUUACAUAGGGCAAUACAGCCCAAACGUGAGAUGGAUGCUUCUUGGUUAUGUGGGGGAGACUGAUGCAGGGCUUUUGGAGUUCUCUAAGGGCUGUCCCAGUCUUCAGAAACUUGAAAUGAGGGGAUGCUCCUUUUUUAGUGAGUAUGCACUAUCUGUUGCUGCAACUCAACUGACUUCUCUGAGGUAUCUAUGGGUUCAAGGAUAUGGAGCAUCUCCAUCUGGGCGUGAUCUUUUGGCCAUGGCUCGCCCCUUUUGGAAUAUUGAGUUGAUUCCUUCUAGACGCGUGGUUGUUUGCAAUACCCAGGAUGAGCGACCUGUAAUUGUUGAGCAUCCGGCUCAUAUUCUUGCAUAUUACUCCCUUGCUGGCCAAAGAACAGAUUUUCCAGAUACUGUUAAACCUUUGGAUCCUGCUGCAUAUGUUGUUGACACGUAAAGUUGUAUAUACCAUUUUUUUCUUUUCCCUUUUAAAUCUUGUUUGUAAGUUGUUGCAGUGUUUUAGUUAUAGAAGGUUUCAAUUUUCUCUGCAAUUCCUAGACAAUAGUCUUGUAAUAAGCUUGGUGUUCCUUUCUGUAAUUCAGAUAUGCUUCUACAAACUCUUGCAGCUAGUUAGUUCCCUUUUCACUGAAUAUUGUUCAAUUUUGUGAAUAGAAAGCAUGGAAUGUUUUUCACGU